GUGUCAGCUUUUGGAAUGAGGAAGGAGGAGCCAAAUCUUCCUUCCAGCUCACCGGUACUGUGGAUUGUUACACGUCUCGUUUCGGUGCAGUUGUUGGCCUGUACCGAAGUACCUUGCUUUGAUGUGUCUCACCUUCAGGAGAUGGCCUCUUCUAAGUCUUUGAUGAACCUUCUAACCUUCACUUUUGGCUCAGCAAUAGGAUUUUUUGUCUGCUAUCUUCUGUUUAGCAUUAUACUCGAAGAACAGGUUAAGAUCCAGCCCCAUGUUCUUCACAAUGAUCCACACGGUCAACACUCAGCAGAUACUGACAACAAUCAGCUGCAAGGGCAAAUGAAUUUCAAUGCAGAUGCUGGACAGCAUAAAGAUGAGGAUAAAAAUAUUGCAGAAGGACUGUAUCACAAGGUGAAAAUACUGUGUUGGGUCAUGACUGGACCUCAAAAUCUAGAAAAGAAAGCCAAGCAUGUUAAGGCCACUUGGGCCCAACGCUGUAAUAAAGUACUUUUUAUGAGCUCUGAGGAAAAUAAAGACUUCCCAACUGUGGGCCUAGAAACCAAAGAAGGCAGAGACCAACUGUACUGGAAGACUAUUAAAGCUUUUCAAUAUGUAUAUGACCAUUAUUUUGAUGAUGCUGAUUGGUUUAUGAAAGCAGAUGAUGAUACAUAUGUUAUAUUGGACAAUUUGAGAUGGCUUCUUUCAAAAUACAGUCCUGAACAACCAAUAUACUUUGGAAGAAGGUUUAAGCCUUAUGUGAAACAGGGCUACAUGAGUGGAGGAGCAGGGUAUGUUCUGAGCAAAGAAGCCCUGAAGAGAUUUGUUGCUGCAUUUAAAACGAACAAAUGCACUCACAGUUCCUCUAUUGAAGAUCUGGCACUAGGAAAAUGCAUGGAGAUCCUCAAUGUGGAAGCAGGAGAUUCUAGGGAUACGAGUGGUAGAGAAACCUUCCAUCCAUUCGUUCCAGAACAUCACUUGAUCAGAGGAUACCUACCAAAAACAUUCUGGUACUGGAAUUACAAUUACUAUCCUGCUGUGGAGGGUCCUGGAUGUUGCUCCGAUCUUGCAAUUUCAUUCCACUAUGUUGACUCUGUGACUAUGUAUCAUUUGGAGUAUUUGAUUUAUCAUCUUCGUCCAUAUGGGUAUUUGUAUAGGUACAAUCCUGAUUUGUCAAAGAAUCCAGAAGAGCAGAGCAAAAAUGAAGCACUGGAGGAUAAUCAAAAUAUAAAGCAAAAAAUUUCUGAGAGCUAAUUGGACCUUGAAAAAAACCAAAAUGAAGCCAGUACAGUGAGUAAGAGUCUCCUCAAACUUGUGCAUGAAGCUUGUGGACUGAAAUUACUCCUGGCGAUUCUUAUUUCAAAAAUCAAUUUGGCAGCACUUCUUGUCACCCUGUGUACAACAGAGUGGUGCUGGUUCUGACUGCUUGGGAUAAUGUGACCUUGCAGCCCUGCUCAUGAAGAUUUGGGGCCCUAAAGCUGUGAAAUUAGAGGUUUGUCCAAUACAAUAGUAUUUGGAAGAAUUUGUAUAAAAGUCAUAGUGGACAGGUUCACAGAUGAUCAUACCAUAUUUCUGUUCCUUUUUCUGUUCGCCUCUGUUUCCUUUCCAUUAAGUCAUUCUGAUAUUAGAAAUUGGAUGCUACUCUAUCAAACUCUUCACAAUGGCUUUCUGAAGUAUUCUCAACAUCUUGAAGUCACUUUGUGUACCUCGCCCUAAAAGUAAGGCAGAGACACAGAAUUAGAGGCUUCAGUCUGCUUUGCCUUAACAGCAGAGUGGCAGAAUUUCACCCACAAAAUUAAUCUGAAUUGUUUCAGAAACAGAAUUCACUGCUAUGAAUUACUUAUAAAGUCUUACAUUCUGUUGUGCAAAACAAUAUGAAGCUUUUGGGGAGGAAUACUCUUCUUACAUGUUUGCCUGUGGCUUUUUUUUUUUUUUUUUCCUUUUUAUUACCUUCUCCUUUUGGUUGAAUGGAUAUAAAAAUUCGUCUUAGCAUUUUUCAGCAUAAGGUAGAUGCUUUUGAAAAUAGAACUAUGUCUUCCAUCCCACCUGCCACAUAAACCAGGAAGAAAAGUAUCUUAGUGAAGCAUUGUAACAACUUGGUUUCAGCUGCUAUUAUAAUUGGUUUGUUUCCACUUUAAUUUUCACUAGAGGUUAAAAUUUUCAGAUACAGAAAUGUCCUAUUUUAAAACUGCACCAAAGCCAGUUUAUUUGGUUGAAGUACUUAAUUUCACUUUUCUGAACAUUUUUUUCUUCCACUUUAAAAAAAAAAAAAUCUGUAUCUGCUUCUUGUUACCUUUUUCUGUACAAAGUGUUAAAUGAUCCUUUUUUCACUGUUUUUUAGCUGAAGUACAUAGUUAUUCAGGUAAGGAAGCCUGAAUGCAGGAAUCUUUCAAAGUGCAUUAAUUUUCUCCAGUACUUCAUAAGUAUCUCUGCCUUUUAACUGGAAACACUUUCUUGGGUGGGACAAAAUAGAUAUUUUAAUUACUGGGUUGUUUUUUUUUCAGAGGCCAAAUGUAUGUUUUACAGAGUUAAUAUAAAGCUUUCAGGUUUUCUCCUUUUCAAAUUGAAUAGCAGUAUGGGGAAUGGGAUUAAGCGUGACAUGUAGUGGUUUUAUUCCACACUUGAGCAAAAGUUUAUUCAUCUUUCUGUUAUUUUUCAUCUUCAUCAUAUUGAUGAAUUUGGACAUAACCUAAUUACCUCCAGUCAUUGUUUUGAAAAGGGCACAUAGUGGGAGCAGACAGCCUUAUUUACUACUGCUGGUCCUUCAGGAUGUUCCUGGAAGAUGAUAUUACCAUGAAGUACUGGAUUUUUAUUUUUUUUUUUUCCAAAGAUAGUUCUAGUACAUAUUGGAGUUCUUUCUGUUGUCCAACAGUAAAGUCAUGUCUUUCUUUCUGACUGUUGCUCUGCAGCAUGACGGUAAUUACUGAAAUAGCUCAUGAUGUUGAAAUGCUGCAUACAUCAUCUCUGCCUGAAUGUAGGCUGAGUUCAUCUAUCAAGUAUUGGUUGAAUAGUUCCUGCUGGGUUAAAUCUGUUGGUCUUUAUGAACAGCACCACUUCUGAAGUAGAUAGGGACACGAGCUUUAUUUUACAUGAAUUGUCUUAAGUAGACCAUUAUACUGCAUUAAGAAAGGAAAGUCUCCAGUUUGCUGUAGUCAGAGGGAUGCUUGUUCAGAGGACAGUGGAUGUUAACAUGCUGAAAAGUGCUUCCUUCUGUGAGCUAAAUGUUUAUCCCACAUGCAGCACAAACCAAUCAUAUUGUGAAAUCCAUAUGGAAUUGAUAACUCCAAUGGCAUUGUUCAAACAAGCAGUUAAAAUAUUCAGGAGUACUUAAGGAAGUUAUAAAAUGAAAUUGAGAUCUUAAUCUAAUCUCUUUGUAAAUUCAGCCCAUGUAGAAGAUCUGUUGAACUACUGUACAGUUCCUUUAUUUCUGCUUUUUUCAGUUCAUCCAUGGGGAUUUAAAGAUUUUCUACCACAACAGGCAGAACUAAUCCUGCAUGUUUUCUGCAGAUUUGUGUCGUAUGUUUACCCUGUGCUGUCCUAUGAAGCAAAAUAAUUUCCUCUUCAUGUUCCUUACUCUCCUGACUGUCCUAUCUCUGGCUUUCCAGUUUCAUCCAGCAUAAGUCUCAGGUGGACAGGAGGAAGCAGGAUGUUUGAGCUUCACACAGGUUGUUUGCUGGGGUAACAAGGUAAAUCAGCCCCUGCUGAGCUCAGGAUGAAGCCUUUUCUCAGCAGCAGUUCUAGUUCUAUGUGCUGCCCAGCUGAGGCUUGUGGGUUUUGCAGGGCAGGAAGAUCCCUUUCCACAAAAUGUGCAGGACCUCAGAGAGACUGGGAAAGCAAAGGAGCAAGUUCCCUUUCUGAAGGGAAUGAAGCUAAGGACGUACUACCUUGUGAUAAAUGGUUGGCCUGUCGGGAGAAAUAAGUAGCCUUUUCUUCAAAUGUCUGUUAUUUGUUUUAAAGUGUCCUUGUGCAUUGGCCUCUGAAUCUAUUUCUUUUGCCUUUAUAACAGCACUGCAAAGAAAUUUUCUUUUCUUUCCAGACAAGCUAGAAAAGUAUCAGGUUUUACAUUCUGUGAUCAUAACACAGAGACCUCUUGUUCUCUGUAGAAUUGUAUUGCCAUAACCAUGAGCUGAUACCUCUGGAAUAAUUGGUUUCUAUCUCACUGCCUUCAUAAGCCUCAGUGGACAAGGUUGGAAUGUGAACAGUUAGUAUAAUUUUCACAUACAAUAUUACACUAAUAUUAGUAGUCUGCUAUUUCACUCUCAGGUCUUUGUGCUUCGAGAAAGUAUUUAUUGAGUUUGAGAAUUUUUGCAGCCCAAGGAGACUGCAUUUCAGAUGGAGAGACUUCCUGAAGCACAGCAACAUGGGCUUACUUAGGCUGUGCAGAUUAUUGCUCUGUGGUUUGGUUUCUUAAUUUUAUAAAACCUAAAAGCUUUCAUCGGUGCCAUAGUGAUUUAAAUUACCCAUCUAAAAAUUUUGAACUAUUUUCUUGAAAUUACUAGGCAGUGGAUGUGGGAGUGUCCCCAUGUGUGACAGAGUAACAUUUUAACCUUGUAUUAAGUGGUUUCAUCAGAAAAAUUGAGAGUGGCAAGAAGUUACUUUCUGAUCGCUGGGCUUAACGGGAGGAGAGUAUUAAUCCUUGUUUGCCGAAAUAGACCAAUUUUAAUCUUCUUUCACUCCCAAUUCAUUUUUGCAGUCUGUAUUUGUGUUAUUUAAAAGGUUACAUGCUGGUGUGUCUCUCAUUUUGUGGAAGCUCUUUUCACAGUACUUUUGCCUUUAACGACACUUUGUUUUGCUUUGGUGGGGGUGUAUAUUAAAAAUCACUUUUUCUUCAGCUGUUGCCAUUUGUUCUGUUAGGCUUGCAGAGUAUAAAUUUCAGUGAGUAGCUGAUAGACCUCUUAUAAAUGCUUUGUUAUCUAAGCAGGGUGUUUUGUCUUUGUAUGACACAAAAGUGUGGGUUAUUUCUCUGCUGUACCUGCUUUUGAUGCUGAUAGUGCACGCACAGGUGAAAAUAGACCCCUCAAUACAGGACCACUGGGAAAGGCAGUUUUGUCCUUUUUCUGUGAAGGAAUCUUCUGUGGAACUCCAAAAGUGUAAUUUGCUUUGUUUUACCAUAUUGUAUUUAAAAUACUUUACAAAUGUUAUUAAUAGUCUAAAAGAAUUGAAUAUUGCUGCUGGACAGUAUGCUCCACUUAAAACCUGUGAAUAUUUCAUUUUGCAAUUAUAGGUAGUUAUGUUCCUCAUGGCAGAUAAAAGUUGGUGAUGUGUCUGGAAUGGUCACCAUAAGGAUUUGUUUCUUAAAUACCUUCUUUGAAGUGCCUUUGACCAAUUUUUAGCAUCAAAAUUAAGUUGAGAAUUGAAUAAAUAAAAUAAGUUAUCUCAU